UUAUGCGAGAAAAGAAGGAUGCCACUGCUCUGGCGCAGGCUUGGCUGCGAAGGUUGAAGUCCCUUGACAUCAAGCUCGCCGACAUCACCGCUUUCGUCACAGACUCUGCCAGUUCGAACGUUUCUGCGAUGGAGGUGUUCCAGAAGAAUGAGAGUGUCAAGCACAUUUUCUGGAUUCCUUGUGUUCACACGUCAUGGACCUGAUUCUUGAGGACAUCGGCAGCAUUGACUGGGUGGCGACCCCCAUUGCUCAGGCGCGUUUGGUCACAAAGUUUUUCAAGCGUCAUAGCCACGCUCGCGAAGUUUUGCAAGCUUUCACGACGAAGGCUCUGCUGCUUCCCGCCGAGACUCGCUUCGGUACGCAUGUGAUUAUGAUGCGACGACUUCUUCUGCUGCAAUCGCAUCUUAUGCAGGUGGUCGUUGAUGAUCGAUGGAAGGACACUGUUUGGUCAACGAAGAAGAUUCGAGAUGACGCCGCGGAGCUCACAGCAUGUGUCGGUUGUCCUCAAUGGUGGGAGGAUAUGAGAACGCUGUGCAAGUUGUUGGAUGGCGGGAGCGGUCAUCCACGAGGGAGAGAUCAGUCCUCUCCCGGCAGUGCGGGACGAGGGCUCUGUCGGUGCACUGCAUCCACUCACAUCUGCCGGAGCGGCAGUCUCAGUUGCAGCGACCUCGGAUGUGGGACAACCACUGGCAGCGGCGAACAAGAAAGUAUGCUCCCACCUCGCAGUGUUCAACCGCGGUCACCCCCUGCAUUGAUGGAGGGGAGUCAGGGGACCGUUGUUGUGUGUCAAGGCGACGAUCUCCCGGAACGUGAUAUCUCACACACUCCCGCAGCCGAGCAGAGCGCAGCAGAGCAUGUCGGCCUCGCAUGCCCCACCGGCAGUCUUCCGGGUACCGGCGAGUUACUGACCAUGGACUCUAUGCUCGUUUCUCUACCGGACUUGUGGACGUUGAUAUCCCCAGGUCUACCCCAUGUGUCACCGCCCAAGCCACAACAGCCUGUUGUCAUCGAGCGUGGAUCGGACGGGUUUGACGUGGCAGGAGGCGAUAUCGUCGAUAUGAUUACGAGCCUGAUGGUGUCUGCCACGCCCACAAUUUUUCGUGUUGGCAAACUAUGCGAGGUGGCCCUUGGUUUGGCGGAGACGGUGACGAGACACCGCCGCGACGGUCAGCGCAGCAUCGCACAACGCAGUCUUUCUCAUUCGUUAAACGGCGCAGAGGAAGGGUCUCCUGGUGGGCCAGUUGACACACUCGAAAGAGAAGCAAGACCCCCAAGUCCGCCGUCAAACUUAGAGCAUCAUCCGAUUGUCGGGGCUGUCGGCGCAGAUGCGGGCGUCCCCGUCACAAACAGUAGCGCGGACGCGACAAAACAGCUUGUGGUUGGGUCAUCGGCGACAGCACGGCGCGACAGAGCCACUGUUUUGCCGACAGUGGCAUUCUAUGCCAGCGGGAAGAGUACUGGGGGGAUGGAUGAGCAGGGAGUCCGAAAUGUUGGCAGGCCAUCUGCACUUUCUAUGGGGGAACGAUCCAUUGGGAGUGUGGAUGGUGCUCGGCACACCGCCAUGGCUGAGUUUGAGGACCGACACGGGAGUGCUUUGCCGACGAAGAUGUCUGAUGUCCAUGCUACGAGAGCUGCAAAGGCGAGUCUUUCUCGGGCAAGGAAGAAGGCCUCGGCAAGGAAGGCGUCACGUUCAUCCUCACAUAUGCGGACUAGUGACACAGUUAGCAGAGCAUUACGCUACCUAGGGGAAGAGGUGGCUGCUUUCCGAGCCGAGGACGCGAGCGACCCGUUGACCCUAUUUCACGGACGCCCUCCUCUUGAUAUCACGGGCGAGCUCGUAAUAGCACGGGACGAGUUUUUCCCGUACAGCGUUAGGAGUCUGCGGGCGAUAGUUCCGACGUUCGUAGUGGAGAGCGUUUUUGGAGGUAUUGGUGGUGUGGUCGAGAGAUACCUGGCUUAUCAGGAUCUCAAGAUCCUGGUGAGAAGACCUACCGACCUGGACUAUAUCUAUUAUUCGCUCGCGACUGGUGGGCCUCGUUGGGGAGACGAGAGGGUCCAGCGUAUAGAGCUGAUCCGCUCGAUAGACGAUGAGUGGCCCCAGUCUUCGUGCGUUUGGGAUUGGCUAGACCGUGAGCUCCGAGCAGGCCCCGAGUACGUGACUUGCAUCGGGCGGCUCUUCUCAGACGACUGGGGAACCUGGUGGAGUGAGGACGUCGGGCGACCCCUGAUAUACGACCAUCAGCUGACGGAAUACUACCAGGCCAUAGGACAGGCGCCAUACCGCGUCGAGGACGAGUUUGACGACGAGGGUUGGGAGCGAGAAGACGAUGAGGAGCUGUGGGAGCCAGACUGGGUCGACCCAGAGAGGGAGGUUGACGAGGAGGAGAUUGACGUUAUAGACGCCCACUUUCCCAGGAUAGGAGUAGCAGUCCAGGCGUAGGAGGUAGAGGAGAGCGCCAGAGCGACGGAUGAGUGAGCCUGGUUACUGA